GCUAGGCUGGAAGCGCUGGACCUGCGAGGUGUGUGCUGGCGGGUUGAACGGUGAGAGGCUCGGCGGCCAUGGCUCCCAACGUUCCCGCGGCCGAACCGGCCCCAGAGUGCCCUAAAGGCAUACGGGCCGUGCUGCUGGGACCGCCCGGAGCCGGCAAGGGUACCCAGGCACCCAAAUUGGCUGAAAACUUCUGUGUCUGCCAUUUGGCUACUGGGGACAUGCUGAGGGCCAUGGUGGCUUCUGGCUCAGAACUGGGAAAAAAGCUGAAGGCAACUAUGGAUGCCGGGAAACUGGUGAGCGACGAAAUGGUAGUGGAGCUCAUUGAGAAGAAUUUGGAGACCCCUCAGUGCAAAAAUGGUUUUCUUCUAGAUGGCUUCCCUCGGACUGUGAGGCAGGCAGAAAUGCUUGACAGCCUCAUGGAGAAGAGGAAAGAGAAGCUUGACUCGGUGGUUGAAUUCAGCAUCCCAGACUCUCUGCUCAUCCGAAGAAUCACAGGAAGGCUGAUUCACCCCCUGAGUGGCCGUUCCUACCACGAGGAAUUCAACCCCCCAAAGGAACCCAUGAAAGAUGAUAUCACUGGGGAACCCUUGGUCCGCCGAUCAGAUGAUAAUGAGAAGGCCUUGAAAAUUCGCCUGGAGGCCUACCACACUCAGACCACCCCACUGGUGGCGUAUUACAGUAAACGAGGGAUCCACUCUACCAUCGACGCCACCCAGACCCCCGAUGUCGUGUUCGCCAGCAUCCUAGCGGCCUUCUCCAAAGCCACAUGUAAAGACUUGGUUAUGUUUAUCUAACGUUGGGUCCAAAAAAGGAGUUUCUGUCUUCUUCCUAUCCCUGUUGAGGGUGUGGUGGGGGUUGCAGAGCAGGCAGAGGGAAGCUUCCUCAGGCCAGAAAGAAUACCAUCUGAUGUAUUGAUUAAAAAAGCACUUGCCUGAUGUAUCUUUAGUGUGUGUGCAACUCUCAUCUCAUCUGUCGUGUGUGUGUGUGUGUGUGUGUGUGUGUGUGUGUGUGUGUGUGUUGGUUUUAAGUACGUGGACACUCUUCUUUCUUUCUAAGAUAUAGACAAAGUUGCUUUAUCAGCUGUUUGCUGCUUUAGCCAUACUCUUGAUUUUUUUUUUUUUAACCAAAGUAACUUAAGUCGGGUCUCUACCAGGCACCCCAGUUCUAAAACCUCAUGGUAUUUAUUCCAUCUCCAGUAACUGAGUGGAAGUCUGGGAUCCCGUAAAGUACUGCCGGGCCAAAGUUCCUGAUGGCAGAUUGUUGGCGGACAGUUCCACUUGCUUUCUAGCCCCACAGUGGAAAGCCACCUGAGUCAGUGUGUGGCUGUGGAUCGUUAAUUUUGUCCCUAAAUGGGAGGCAAAAGGCAUUUACGUUACAGAUUCCAGAAAUUACUGGGAAAGGAUAUCACCAUAGAAAGGUCCAAGCCAAGUCGGAAUAUUUUUGUGAUCUGCAUCACAGUGCUGUAAAGUAGGGAUCAUUUGGGACCUGUGUUUGAAAAGUGAAUUGUUGCCAAAGAAUGAAACCAAGCAGAUGGUCCUUUUGAAUUCAGACUGUCUUCUGAACAUCCAGGCUGGGCAUCUGAGAACAGCCAGUUCACUUCCCAAAGCGAGACCAGGGUAGGUUUGUUUGUUUUCAUUUUUAAUGUUCGCCUCGGUUUCCAAGUAUGAACAAAACAGUAAUUUGGAGGUGAUCUAUUCUUGGCCUCGUUUUUAUUAGAAUUUACUCAAACCUAGUCUCUCCAGGAUAUGAAACCCAAAUCAGAUGUGUCCCUUUUAAACUCAGACUCUCUCCCCUCCAGAUCUAAUCCUUCACCCCUGACUUCAUGAUGGUGGUAGCCACCAACUCCCCAAGAAAAGAUCACCCAAAAAUAAGACCACCUAUGACAGUAACCGACUUGUAUUCCUAACUUCAGCUUCUCAGCUAUCAAGCAUUUCCUGAGGUCCAUGCUGUGCCUCUUGAGCUCUGGUUUGAUUUGUGGCAGACAGAUGAAUUAAUAGACUGU